CCGGAGUGGGUGCGCAGCGGAUGUAUAAAGUUCGUUGCAGGAGAUGGCCGCCAGGGCUAUUCUGACGACUCGCCGUACGACUGUAUCCACGUGGGCGCAGCGUCGCCAAAGACGCCGACGGAGCUGCUCAGGCAGCUGAAGAGCCCCGGGCGCAUGUUUGUGCCCGUGGGGACGACGGACCAGCGCAUCAAGGUGUUUGACAAGGACGUCCACGGAAAUGUCGCCGAGACCGACAUGAUGGGCGUCGUGUACGUGCCGCUGACCGACGAAACACUGCAGCGCAACAGCUAGCUUCUGUGUGUCUCAGCCAGCAUACAUUUCAUAUCAGCCCAUAGGCUAGCCCUGCCACUCAUAAAUUUUGCAAUUUCCCCGAUCUCGCCCAAAAUCACUCCAGACAGUGCGUAGCGACCAAAAUUAAAGCCGCCCCGGGCCGCCAGCCGCAGCCACUCACAAAACACACUUUUCUGAUUUCCAAACCACACAUAAACAUGGCUAGCUUCAAGUUCUGCCCCGACUGCAGCAACAUGCUGUACCCGCGCGAAGACCGCGUCCGCCAGCAGCUCAUGUUUGCGUGCCGCAACUGCGACCACCAGGAAGAAGCCGAGAACAACUGCGUCUACCGCCAUGAAGUCACCCACAUCCCGUCCGAGCAGACCAUGGUCAUUGCCGAUCUCGGGUCAGAUCCCACGCUGCCACGCACCAACCAGGUGCCGUGCCCCAAGUGCCAGUUCGAGGAGGCGGUGUAUUUCCAGUCGCAGUCACGCCACCCCGAUACGCGCAUGACGCUCUACUACGUGUGCUGCAGACCGACAUGCCAGUACCGCUGGACUUCGUAGAUGCACAUGUGAUCCGCUCUCCCAUCUACACCAUCAAGUCCUGCAGAAAAUACAUGAGGUUGAGGCCUUUUAUGCGAUAAAUGUUGGUAUAUAAUGUCUGGAGAACCUAGCAAACUAAACGGGACUAUGCUGGAGAAGAAAAAAGCGAAGAAAAGGCAAGUCGGCUACAGGGACGCCGGUCUCUCCCAGCGAGAGAGCGCACUCGUGGUUUAAUUAACCUGACUUGAACAGCAGCACCGCGGUAUGGUCAACAUAGAAGUAGAUAAAGUUGCUUGUCU